GGUGUGGCGGUGUGGGGUGGGGGGCUGCAGCUCUGGCACUGGCUCAUACACCUGCUGUCAACAUAGCAACACAGGAGAGACAGUGGCUGUCAGCUGACUUAUCAUCAGUUGUCACUGUCAGUCAGCUGUGACAUAUCAGCAGCAAGACAGUGGCGCAGCACAUGUUAGCUGUGACCUCUGCUCCAGAGACACUGUGACCACCACCAUCACAACUCGGGGGACAGCCAGGUCCUGCCACGCUGCACCAUGUUCCAUCGCUUCCAUGACCUGAAGCCAGGGCAAGACUCUGAGAUGAUGCAGAGUGGAAGUCGCAGCAGCACACCAUCGGGUGCACUUGAUGGAAGAGCAAUGUUUCCGCAUCCGUCAUCCGUCCCUGGCCAACAAAUCCCAGCCUCGUAUCCCAGUAUAUCCAGCCCUAGUUCAAGUUUAAUGUCCCAGAGUGCACAACUUAUGGCUCUGGGACAUAAUAUGAUGUUUUCAGGGACAAAGUUUAUGACUGGGGCACCUCCAGAGGCACACAGGUAUCUUCCAGAAUCCUAUAGAUUGGCUGCAGAGUCAUUAGAUCAAAACAGAUAUGGCAUAGAUAGUCAAAGAAUGUCAGCUGAUCCUUACAGACAAUCAAGUGAAUCUCAGCGCCUGCCAGCUGAUCUUCAGAGAAUACGAUCAGAGUUGCAGCGAACAGAAGAGCAAAAUUUAGAUCCAUAUCAGAGAUCUCCAAGUGACUCGUAUAGAAAUCAAGUAGAUAUACAAAGAACACAAGAAUCUAACCGACAGCAGCUGGCUUCAAAUGCACAGCGUCUUAUUUCCGACCUCCAAAGGCUGCAAUCUGAUCCUCAAAGACUAGUUGCUGAAGUUUUACGUCCACCAGUAUCAGAAUCAGUGCGAAGUCCUGAGACCCCAUAUCGCAGUAUAAUGUCCGAUCCCUUGAGGCCCCCUUCAGAACCUUCUCAGCGCACUGUGCAAGAGUCCAUCCGUAGUCAUGCAGAUGCACAACGUAUGGUACAAGAGAGCCUCAGAGAUUAUUUUAACCCUUCUCAGAGAGCUUUGCAAGAAAACUUAAGGUCUCCAACUGACCAAAGAAUGAUAACUGAUAAUUUACGCUACUCAAGUGAUAAUAUUCGGUCUGAUUCAUUAAGAUAUGGAACAGAUUUAACUAAUCAAUGCAUAAUGCCAGAAAACUUACGUGUAGGUGCAGAAACUCCUCAGCAUCUACAGGUGAGAGCUGACACCCCACAUCUCCAAGUCAGAUCAGAAACUCCCCAGCAUGUUCGAAUAGGAUCAGAAACCCCUCUACAUCUUCGAGGAGGAGCAGAAACUCCUCAACACCUUAGACUGGGGGCAGAAACUCCUCAACAUCUUCGAUUAGGGGCAGAAACUCCUCAACAUCUUCGAGGUGGUGCCGAAACCCCUCAACAUCUUCGUGGGGGUGCUGAAACGCCUCAGCAUCUACGGAUAGGAACAGAAAAUCCUCAACACCUUCGAAUAGGAGCAGAAACUCCACAACAUCUUCGGUUAGGAGGGGAAACUUCUCAACAUCUUCGAUUAGGGGCAGAAACUCCUCAACAUCUUCGAUUAGGAGCAGAAACUCCUCAACAUCUUCGAUUAGGGGCAGAAACUCCUCAGCAUCUUCGAUUAGGAGCGGAAACUCCUCAACAUCUUCGAAUAGGGGCAGAAACUUCUCAACAUCUUCGAUUAGGGGCAGAAACUCCUCAGCAUCUUCGAUUAGGGGCAGAAACUCCUCAGCAUCAUCGAUUAGGGGCAGAAACUCCUCAACAUCUUCGACUAGGGGCAGAAACACCUCAGCAUCUUCGAUUAGGAGCAGAAACGCCUCAACAUCUCCGAUUAGGGGCAGAAACUCCUCAACAUCUUCGAUUAGGGACAGAAACUCCUCAACAUCUUCGACUAGGGGCAGAAACUCCUCAGCAUCUUCGGUUAGGGGCAGAAACUCCUCAACAUCUUCGAUUAGGGGCAGAAACUCCUCAACAUCUACGAGUAGGGGCUGAAACUCCUCAACAUCUACGAGUAGGGGCUGAAACUCCGCAGCAUGCUCAAGUUAGAUCAGAAACUCCCCAGCAUCUUCAAAGUAGGAUGGAUACUUCACAGCACAUGCGAAUUGGAGCAGAAACUCCCCAUCAUCUGCGAGUUGGGGCAGAAACUCCUCAUCAUCUGCGAGUUGGGGCAGAAACUCCUCAACAUAUACGAGUAGGAGCAGAAACCCCACAGCAUAUACGAAUAGGAGUAGAAACUCAACAUCUACGUGUAGGACCUGAAUCGUCUCAGCAUAUGCGACUAGGGGUGGAAGCUUCUCAGCAUCUUCGAUUAGGUGGAGAAUCUUCACAACAGCACCUUCGUAUGGGCUCUGAAACUCCACAUCAUCAUCUGGGAGUUGAAGGUAAUCAUCAUAUGCGGCUUGGAGCAGACACACCUCAUCAUCUACGUUUAGGUUCAGAAAAUUCUCAAACUCAUUCUUUGAUGCCAGAGAAUCUCAGGGUGACAUCUGAAGCAUCUCGUAUGGUCCCAGAAAAUCUUUGUGUGACUGAGCCUUCUCAUCAAGUUAUGCCAGAGAACCUACGUAUUAAUCACGAAAACACAAACAACACAAGUGGAUUGAGGAUGAAUGCACUACCUCCUCCAGAUUCACCUAUGCCCCCUAUGCGCUCACAUUAUGAUGCCUUGACUCAUCGAAUGAUGUCAGAAUCUUCACAUUCAAUGCGGGUUGAGUCUCCUCGUUACUCAGAAUCCUUGUAUCGAGGAGACUUGAGUCACAAUAGUCUUGGUCCACCUACUCCUGUUUCAUCUGUAUCUUCCAUGGGUGAUCCCUCUUGCACUCCUGCACCAACACAGCAUCAAUUUUACUCAAGUCAUUAUAAUUCCCAGUUUAACCAAUACAUAAGUGAUGGCCAGGACAGAGAUCACCGUGAUAAUAUGAGAAUGGAAGAUGAUCUAGAAGUAAAGCCAUAUAUUGAUGUCAAGCCCUUCAGUCAGGAUUACCCUCCAAUGUUAGGACAUGAGCUUCCAAUGCCUUCAACUCCCAAGCCUCCAAAACCCAAAAAACCUAAGGAACCAAAACCCCCUCGUAUUCCAGUAGUACACAAGUGCAAUGAAUGUGAAAAAAUAUUCAAGAAUAGCACUCAGCUGAAGAACCAUAUGUGGCGACAUACAGGAGAAAAGCCAUUCACAUGUGAAGUAUGUGGAUCAAAGUUUACUCAACAAGGUAAUCUUCGAGCCCACAGAAGAAUCCAUACAGGUGAACGACCUUACCAGUGUCCACAGUGCAAGUCCUGCUUCACUCAGCUGUCAACACUGAAAACACAUCAAAAAAUACAUUCAGAUGAAAGGCCAUAUAAAUGUGAUCAGUGUGAUGCUGCAUUUCGACAAAUUGCUAAUUUGAAAACUCAUGCUGUCACACACACUGGUGAAAGACCUCACAAAUGUGAUCAGUGUGAGAAGGCAUUUACACAAAAAUCAAACCUUAAAGCUCAUAAAAACAGAGUUCACUGUGGGGAGACAGGCACGCCAGCAAGGAGAGGUCGCAAAAAAAAUCCAUGUGCAAUUAAGCCUUAUACCUGUCUUGAGUGUGGUGCAAAAUUUACAAUGAUGAGCAAUCUACGAAUUCAUAUGAAGCUACAUUCAGGUGAUAGACCUUUUGAAUGUGAUCAUUGUGGAGCUGGAUUUGCACAGCGAUCAAACUUAAAAACUCACAUACAAAGAAUGCAUGGAAAGGGGCCGGGGCAGGGAAGGCGUAGAAUCAAAUGUGACGAAUGCCCAGCAAUGUUCAGGCUUAAACGUUGCUUGAAGACUCAUAAAAAGAAGCGUCACCCUAUCAAAAGCCUUAAAAUCAAGAUACUUAGAGAAUCAAAAUAUUUAAUGAAGUCUGAAAGAGAAGAGGGAGCACAGGAUGAGGAGUUAGAUGAUGGUGAUGAUGAGACAGAAGAUGGAGAAGAAGGGACAGAAGGACCGAAUCUUGAACCUAUUGUUCAGCUGUGCGAGCCAAAGGAAGAACCAUAUUCACCCAACUACAAUCCAGACUCUCCUUACAACAAGGAUGAGUGGCAUAAGGAAGUUGAAGGUAAAGGGUUAAAGAAUACUAAGGCACAGUUUGGUGGAGACACAGAGGGAACAAGAGUGGCUGAAGAUACCAAAGGUAGAGAAAAAGCAAAUAUAGAGGAUGCAGAUGAUGAUGAUGAAGAAGAAGAGCUUAUAAAGUUGGAGGAGGAGAUUGAGCAUCUCUCUGAGCUAGAAUCAAAAACUCUUCCUCAAGAGUCUCCAGAAACAAAUUUAAGAGUGAAUUGAUGAGCUUAAAUGCACAGUGAAGCCUUUCUAAACCCUACCUUGGUGUUUCUUCCAAAUAUCAUUAAGAAAUAAAAUUGAAAAACAGAAAGAGGCACGAGAUAGCCGAGUUGAUGCUCUAUGAUUUCACUAUUUUUCACAUGCCCCAAAUGUAGCAAAUCAUACUAUGAAUAUUAAACCAGCAUUGUGUUGUGGAGUUACUGGUUGUGGUGGUCAAAUGUUCAGGUGAUAGAGUGCUGCAGAUAUUAAAGGUUAAAAGUCAGUCAUCGUUUGUUCGACAAACUACAAGGAUGCAAUUUCAAUACAUCUCUGAAGAAAAAGUAUUUUUGAUUGUAGAAUAACUUUAAAUAGCUUACCUAAUGUAUUUCUAAUGGCAAAAUUUAACUUGGUGUUUUUAUGUGCAGGAGAGAAGUAUUAUGAGUCAUUAUUUUAUAUAUUUUAUUAAAGUAAGUGAUGCAGCAAGGCUUCCACUUCAUAAUGCUCUACUGCAUAGUCAGGGCUUUCUUGAAAAGCAUCAUCAGCACUUCAAAUGCUGAUGAUGCAAACAUUCUCAACAUCAGUGAUGCCUCUAGCAUCUUGUUUCUUUAAUUAGAUAUAAAACACUAAUCACCCACAUAUUUUAAGAAAGUCUCCAUCGUAAUUAAACUAAUGGUGGUGGGUGUCAAGUGUUUCCCAAAGAACUGGAGAGAUUUUAUGGCAUUUCACUAAUGCUGCCCUUAUAUUGUUGCCAUUGUUCUUGCCUACUCUGUCUUACACAAGUUGAGAGUUUUGCUUCAUAAACUCCCAAAUGCAGUAUCUAGUUUUACAGUGGGAAAUUUUCUACUGUAGAAUUUAGUCGAGCAAACGAGAUUAGGCUGUAUAUAGUUUGUUGUGAGAGACUCUUCAGCGUUAGUGAACAGGAUAGCUUUUUCAGCUCCUGGAAACAGCUUUAAUGGACCCCUGCAAGCUUUUAUCAUAACUAACAGCAUGUUCACAAGAUGUUGAUGAUCUAAGCUUCUUACACACAAGUACUGUAUUAAGCUUCUUGCAUUACCAUCUAAUGUUCUUGGUUAUGGUUUGUAUUUGCUUAGGGGUAUUUGAUCUGAUGGCUUUAGAAAGAAUGGUUAAGAAUUCUACAGGUGUUUAGUUGUGAUUGUCCAGGUCCUUACACCACACUGUUGUACGGAGUCUUUGUGUGCAGUGAUGGAACGAGAGACUCGGGUAUAUUCAAUUAAUUUGCUCUAUUGAAGAAGUUUAAACAAAGCACCAUGUAAUCAAAUAUUUUAGGAACUUGCAUUUCAUUAAAAUUAAAGAAGAUAAGUUAAUGCAAAUGUUAAGAUGUGAUAUUUGUUGUGUAAGCAGAGAAUUUGGUAUGAUAGCAGGAAUGGGCUGGUGCUUCCUUGACAUUACACACUGGGUUUGUAACAAGGUCGGAACAUCCUUGCAGGGGAGGCUCAUUAGGGCUCAGCUACCCGCUCCAACUCAGGGAAAGUUGAUCCUCAUCAACACUCCGUCUACCAGUCAAUAAAACACAGUAGUGACACAAUUGAACUUAGAGAAAGUAGAGCUACAAGACAAACAUUGAUAUAUAUAUAUAUAUAUUAAGUAACACAACAGUAAAUUUCUUAAAAUAUUAAAAUCCAGAAACAUAUAAUUUUGUAAUGAUGCUUCCUCUGGUAUUUGUUUCAGAAUGUGUAAUACAUUUGCUUGACACUUUGUUCUCACAGUGGAGGUGAUUUAUCCAGAUCCAAAGAAGCAUUUAUUUUUUUCUAUAUAUUGCUUACAAUCAAAACAUUGCUGUAUUGUACAGGAGUGAGUGUCAUUUUUUUCAUUAAGUGCUUUGUUCUGAAAACAGAAGUAGACUAUAGAUCACUACCAUUCAUCGUUAUUGGCCACUUUAUCGUUCCUCAAUACACAUAAAUAACAUAUCCAGGAAUUUUAUAAGCAAAUUGCUUACUGCUUAUCAGCUACACAGGAUGUAAAGUGCCCGGCAUCGUUGUUUGAUGCUCUGAAUUUCGAGUUGUUGAUGUACUAGACGGGUCCCCCAAGGCUCUGAACAACUGACCGUGACACAUUUUUGGAUGCAAUUUGCUGGUUUCACCUUCUAAGUGUCUUUCCUGUCUUGAGCAUAUUUUUUCUUAAUUUAAGGUUUUUAACUUCUACUGUGCAAAAAUUUUAGAACCCCUAGUACCUGUAAGAAUUUUAAGAACUAAAAUGAAACUGCAUAUGCAAUGCCUCUUUAUUACUUUAUAUAAUUAAUAAGAUUAUAGUGUGUAGAACUGAUAGUAUUCAUAUAUAUAUAUCAUUCAAUCGCAUAUAGUGGCAACCUUUGAGAAGGCUUUCUUGUUUGAGGAGUUUUUGCAUGCAUGUGUUUAUAGAGAUGGAUUAUGGCCUCUUUGAGAUUAUUUGAGUGUGUCUGCUGUGUGUGUUUAAUGCGAGUAGUUUCUUUUGGGGGAUAAAAUGACUGUGGGGUCCGUUCUGCCAUACAUGACAAUUUUACUUAAUUACCUGAUAUAAUUUUUAAGGUCAUAUCUAAAAGGCAUAUUUACAGUAGGUGCACAUUUUCUCUGCGCUGCCACCCACCAAUGAAUGAAUAUAAUAUUGGGUAUCCCUUACAUUUUGGUAUAGGAUCUAAAUGUAUUUUACAUGAAUUUUUUAUAGAUGUAGCAACUGAAGUAAUUUUAAUCAAAGAAUAUGUUUUUAAAUCAUUUGUUGGUGUUAGUAAAGAGAAAGAGGCAUAUGACUUACGUGUCUGUUAAAUGUGAACCUUUUCUUUCAGUGAUGGAAAUAAGAUCUGCCUUUAGUAUUACCACAUGUUUUCUCGGCAGAUGCUGCACUUUUGCCGAAGGCUUUUAACAUGUCUUAUAGUACCAUUAAGUAGUCAUUCAGGACUGAAUCAAACGGUCUGGAAUAUGUAUACGGUGCAUCAAUUUGUUGCCAUACAAAGUCUAUUCUGUCAUAAGCUUGUCAAAAUACAUGCUUCUGGGUCAGCAGGUUCACAUUGUAAGAAAAUUAAUAUAUUUUACUGUUAUUCUGUUAUUUUUUGAACAUUUGCAGAAUUGAGUUAAGUAGUGUGAUUUUUUUGCCAAGCUUAUGAAAGGACAGAGAACAGAUAGAAGUGAAGGGAGCUGGGGAAGGAGGCACUCAAUGUUGUACUCAGCUGAAGGGUACAACUUGACAAGCUGUACACACAUACAGUGGUAUGUGUGCUUGAGGUAGAUCAAAAUAUUAAAAGUUUUUCUAUAUUAAGGAUUGAACUUUAUCAUUUGAAUGGAGUACAUGCAUAUUUACACAUGUACAUGCAUCUGUAUGCAUGUACAUAAACAUAAUAGUAUUUGCAUACAUCUGGCAGAUACAUGCAGAUACACACACACCAUACACAUGCAUGUAUGCACACUAUAGUACAUAUAUCCAUGGGCACAGUAUAUAUCAUGCAUAUUUGCACACAUGUACACACAUUCAUGGACACAUGAUAUCAUGCAUGUAUGUACAGUAUAAAUGCAUGCAUAAACACACUUGCACACAGACUAUAUACAAAUGAAUGCACACACACACAUCAUAUAAAAAUGAAUACACACACUAUUCACACAUGCAUGCAUGCACACAGGUACUUGCAGGCAAGCAAACAGCGCUCUGGGGUCGUAGUCCUAAGGGCUCGGGUUUGAUUCCCGGUCGCGGCAGAAACAAAUCGGCAGAGUUUCUUUCACCUGAUGUUCUGUCCACGUAGCAGUAAAUAGGAACCUGUGAAUUAGACAGCUACUAUAGGCUGCACCCUGGGGAUGUGUGUGUGAGAAAGAAAUAUAUAGUAGAUAUGAUAGAGGAAAAAUAGGUUGGGAGUCAGUACAUUAGAUCAGCAUUCUUCAACCUUUUUACACCUGCGGACUGGCAAAAACGGGGAAAAUAUUUCACAGACCGGUCGAAGGCUAACACAAAUAAAAAUCAAUGUAAGUAGUAUUUGAUUAAUUAAAUCUAAUAUUAUAAAAUCACAAACUUUAGUGCAACAUCUGCUGCUGCUUCUUUGUUAGAAAACUUGAUAUAUUCAGGCUGCAUCAUUGUUUCUGAGAGUUGAGGCACUGCAUUAACAUCUAUUUAAUUUCUCUGUUUGGUUUUUAUUACUGACAUGGCUGAAAAAGUCUUUUCACUCAAAUAGGAAGUAAAAAUAAUGGCCAAGAAUUUGAUAGUUUUAUAACUCGGAGAUGGAUAUUCUUUUUUGAGUGGUAAUAAUACACACAAGCACUAUAAAAUAAGACUUUUUGCGGCAUGUUGUCGACAAGUGAGCUGGCGCAAUACAGUACAGUACUAGCAUUCGGCAGCCACACAAUUCACCUAUACUUCAGGUGAAUCAUUGUCGACAGCAGUGUCCUGAUGUAUCUGAAUCAUGUAGCGGCUACAUGAUUCGGGCAAAAUUUUUGCAGACCUCCAGGAAAUUUCCACAGACCGUAGGUUGAAGAAUAGGGCAUUAGAUAAUUGAAGGUUAGAAAGCCCGGGACCAAGAGCUAACAGCUCGAUCCUGCAGGCACAAAUAGUAAACACACACACAAAAACACACACAAAUAUGAACAUAGCUUUCAUCCUGUAACCAUGCUUAGGUAAUUACAUGUCACACACCACAUAUACUUCACACACAUCAUGAACAUAUUCAGGCACACAACAUACAUACUGUAUUGUACUUCACUUAUACCAUACAGAUUGAAAUACACUGUGAACAUACUUCACAUAGACAAGCAUACACAUACACAUGUAAUGGAUAUGGAUAUGUGCAAAUGUGUAUUACGUAAUAUGUAUUUAAACAUGUGCUCACAACUAGGUUAGUACGUGUUCAAAUAUAUAUACAUAAUACACAUUUGCACAUAUCCAUAUGUACAUAAAUACAUAUGCUUAUUGUUAUAAACACUCCUGCAGUCUAUUACUGCUAAGAGAUUUACUGUACGGGUCUUUGCUUAGUUAACAGUCAUGUGAGGAACCCCCCUAGAUGUACAGCAUUGAGGGCUUCCUUGAUCUUGCAUCCCUAUGUGAAUCAGCCUUAGGUUACAGGGUGGUGUAUCCCCCUUAUGAACUAUAUCUUGUGCCAAAUGUGGUGUGUAGGCACAAAUCCAAGUUAUCCCUCAACGUCUCAUUUCUUUGUUCAGGCCCCACAGAUAAUUCAGGAAAACUGUAAACACAAUAUUGUCUCUCCCUGCAGUGUGUGGGACAUGAUCCUCGCUGCAGCAGCAGGGUCUUCUGUGGCUCCUUGGAAAAGUGCCCCAUUUAUAUUUAGCAUAUUUUAAGAUACAUUUCCACUUCCCAAGUUAAUAAAAGAUAACACAACAUUAAAUUUGCUGCAGGAAUACCAAGUACAAUAAUUUCUGUGUUAAAUAAUCACAUUUUGGAAUAUUGUCAGUUUUCAAUUUCUGAUUAAACGUAUGCUAUUAGUCUCUCAUAAAUUGGGUGCUUGUUCUGUUAGCCUUGACCCCCCACAAGGGCUGUGGCGGGGAGUAACCCGGACCAUUGUGGUGAGUUCUUCCCUGAGUGUCAAAGUUUUCUCUGGGUGGUGGCAAGACAGGAAAAUCGUGCCCACACCAGCCAUGAAGGUUGAGAUGCAUAGGUUGUGGCAUAUCAUCCCUCAGCCUUAUAGUGACAUCAACCACACAUUUAUCACGUCAAUGCCUCUGUUAUUCUCAAAUAGCCAAUGUGUUUGCUGUGCAAGACAAAGUAUUUUAUGCAGAUUUCAUACUUUUCUACUGUGAAAUAAGCAUAAAUAUAACUCAGAAACCAGAUGUAUAUGGGAGGGGGGAUAUUUUAGUGUUGGAAAUAUUUGAGGCAUUUGACCACCAUUUUCUUUUAUAAAACUGUUAGACUUACAGAUUGAACUGUAUUUGGCUUUUUUGGGUCCUUAUAUUAUUACAGGACAAAUUUCUUGUAAAUGGAAAUUGUGAAGUGCUUCGGUGGUUAGUGGUGUUGUGAGUUGAUGCAGCUGCCUUGGAGGGAACCUGGGCUCUUGUUGUCUUGACCACAAGUCAGAGUUGUCUUUGCUUGUGUUAGGCUGCGGCCAAUAUUUUCUUUUGUAACCUUAGCUUGUGAUACAUUCAUUUAGCCGUGAUGUCAGCAAUGGUUUGUUCGAGCCUUAUCCAACCCCAAACAUCAGACGAAUUAAAUAUUUAAGAGUUGCAAAGCUUUCCUAUUUUAUUAUUGCAAUAUAACAAUGAGAAGACACUACUUUAAACUUAUUGUAAGGUGUGUGUUUGUGCCACUUUAUUAGCACAAGAUAAUUUUAUUGCAUCAUAAGCCCUUGGUGGUUGUCUGAUGAGGGAUUUGGAAUUGUCUCGUUCACGAUGCCAACUGUCAUUCGGCCAAUUAUUAUCUUUCCAUGGUCAGUGUUUCAUGAAGUCACUAAGAGUUUAUAGUGUUAUUUCUAUGAAGGAGAUUAUUAUUAUUAUUAUUAUUAUUAUUAUUAUUAUACAUUAUAUAUUAUAUUUGCUUUGCAUGUAGUUCUUUAUUUUCUUUAAAACGUUCUUGAUAUAGAAGCAUUAUAUCUGUGCAGGGUUUAGGUUUACCAAAGCUAAUUGGCAAUACUUUAUUACGUGUACAAAUUUCUGUUCAGUUUUACAUAUUAUAUUUGUGAGGUUGUGUGAGGGAGUUGCUGGUAACCUAGAUUUUAUAAGCCUCUUUUUGCAUAUAGUUCAUGAACAGGUAGGCCCCAGGUGGGCUCUUACUCUUGUCUAUAGUACUUUCUUUCAGUAGACCUGGUUGCUGGAUGUCAUUGUAUCGGUGACAUCUGAAAUUUGUAUGUGUGCUCCUUCCAUUGUUUAUAUCUUUGUAAAUUAGGAGUCAAGGAUCUUGCAUCAAGGUAUCCAGGUAUUAGCAAGGCAAAUUUAUAGGUAAAUAUUUACAGGAUUUUAUUAAAUGAAAAUAAUUUAAGAUUUAUAUCUUGUAUCAUAUGUAAAGAUUUAACAAUUGUAUUAUGUUUAUCAUAUAAUUUUGCCAUGCUGGUGUGUAGAAAAAGAACCAAAAAUUCAGAUUUAUUGAUUGUAAACAAAACUUUCAGCACACUUGAUUGAGAGAUCAUAAUCAGUGCAAGGAAUUUUGGUUGUGAUAGAUGUAGGCUUAAAAACCUGCUAAAAUUGUUAGUAAUAUUUUUUAUGAAGUGUUUUUUUUUAACCUACUUAUAUUGUUUAAAAUUCUUUUAUUAGAUUUUGAAUGCUAGGUAAUUGUUUUUUUUUCAAAUCAUUAUUGAAUUAUUUUGUUAAUGAGAUGUAUUUUAUAAGUUUAUGAUAAUUUUAAUACAAUACAAUACAGUAUAUCGUUAGCCAUAAUGAUGUGAAGGUUGACCAGUAACGACCCCAACGCAAAACAUCACACCUUAAAAUCUAACACUUAUUAUUAUAUGUUUUUGCUUUACCACUACUGCCUGUGCUGGGCAUUAGAGAAUUUAUUGCCAUCUUUUUAUGGAAUUGGAAUUUUUAUUCCCUGAAAUGUGUGUCAGAUUUUUAUUAUUUUUAUUGAUAUUUUCUUGUAGUUUUAGUUUCCAUAGCUCUAACUUCCAUAUACUCAUUAUAAUUACUAUUCAUACAUUAUAAUAAUGAAAAUUGUAUUUUAUUUGAUCUACUGAUGCAAAUAAGCAAAAGAAGAUAAACUGAUAUGCUUUCUAUAUAUGCAUGAAAUAUAUAUAAUUUAUCGGUAAUGACAAUGCUAAUGCUGAAAAAAUAUGUAACUGUACUACUCUGGUAACUCUUUUUGUAAUGCAACUAAUGUACUUUGUCUAUCAAUAAAAUAUUUAAUAACA